AUGGACCUACAUGACGUCCAGUGGCCGCGGAGGACUGACAAGGCCACCAACAUAGAUGAUGUAAGCGCGGACACAAGGACACUGGACAGUUACGAAUAUGCCGGUCUCAACGCCGAUGGCAAGUUUUUUUUUUCCUUCUUCUUUUUGGACAAGGAGGGGGGUGGGGGCUGGACAUACUUGGAAGCUUGGAAGAUGAUCUUACACUUACUUAGCUCACGAGUCUUUACGAUCCUUGUGUCGGAUUUGGAGGCUGUUGGCGAGCAUUACCGUGGCUCCGGAGUGAAGUGUCCAGGAUUGGCAGGUCCUACCCAAGGGAGGAUCGUGGCUGCGGCGUAUCAGUGCCCAUAUUCAAGAUUGGUGCCAGUACCGAGUUCCUGGGAUAACCAGUCGUUCAUCAUGUUCAAUUUCCUCAUGAUGUUUUGA